GUGAAUGGUUUUGGCUGCGUUUUCAUGUAGGACCUACUCCCUAGCCCGCCCAUUGCGGUGAAUUCCCUCUGCGGUGCAACAGAAAUUCCUGCCCCAGAAAGAAGCGGGGAAGACGGCUAUUCGGAGGGUGGAGACUCGGACUGGGGUCUGGUCUUGUGCCCUCUGUCCACCUUGGGUGAUAGGGAGCGAGGGCUGGGCUUCAUCACCAACCAGCUCCUGUCUCCUCUGUGUCCUGGACUCCGCAUACGUGGACUCUCAAUACUUUGUGCUCAAUACAGGAAAUCUGAGAAUCCUGCCUAUGCCAUCCACAGGCCCAGAGCCAUGGCUAGCUCCUCGUCCUCCUGGGAACUGCCCCUAGUGGCUGUGUGCCAGGUAACAUCAACACCAGACAAGCAACAGAACUUUAAAACAUGUGCUGAGCUGGUUCGAGAGGCUGCCCGACUGGGUGCUUGCCUAGCUUUCCUGCCUGAGGCAUUUGACUUCAUUGCUCGGGACCCUGCAGAGACACUCCGCCUGUCUGAGCCACUCGGUGGGAACCUUUUGGAAGAUUAUAUCCAACUUGCCAGGGAAUGUGGACUCUGGCUGUCCUUGGGUGGUUUCCAUGAGCGUGGCCAAGACUGGGAGCAGACUCAGAAAAUCUACAAUUGUCAUGUGCUUCUGAACAGCAAGGGAUCAGUAGUGGCCACUUACAGGAAGACGCAUUUAUGUGACGUAGAACUUCCAGGGCAGGGACCUAUGCGUGAAAGCAACUCUACCAUAGCUGGGCCCAGUCUCGAGUCACCUGUCAGCACCCCAGCAGGCAAGAUUGGUCUAGCUAUCUGCUAUGACAUGCGGUUUCCUGAACUCUCUCUGGCAUUGGCUCAAGCUGGAGCAGAAAUACUUACCUACCCUUCAGCUUUUGGAUCAGUUACAGGCCCAGCCCACUGGGAGGUGUUGCUGAGGGCCCGUGCCAUUGAAACCCAGUGCUAUGUAGUGGCAGCAGCACAGUGUGGAAGCCACCAUGAAAAGAGAGCAAGUUAUGGCCACAGCAUGGUGGUGGACCCUUGGGGAACAGUCGUAGCACGCUGCUCUGAUGGGCCAGGCCUCUGCCUUGCCCAGAUCAACCUCAACUACCUACGACAGGUUCGCCAACAUAUGCCUGUAUUUCAGCACCGCAGGCCUGACCUCUAUGGCAACCUUGGUCACCCACUGUCUUAAGCUUUUUGAUUCUGCCAGUUGAGACCCCCCCCAUUGUGAGGUAGUACUGCUGUGAUUUGUAGGCAGGACCCAAGCACAGCUCCCCUCACUUGGAAAACCUUGACUGUAUUGAUGUAACACAGGCUCAACUUCCUGGGAAAAGAGACGGCUUCCCCCUGAGCUCAGAUUGCAGCUUCAGAAAAGUGGAAUUUUAUAUAGUCACUGUUUAUUUCAUGAAAACUGAAGUUAUGCUGAGGGCUGACCAGCACUAGCAUUGAAAAAAAUAUAUAAUAAUCAUAAA